AUGUUCAUUCCUUACACUGUACCGUCCUCUGAGAAAGACCGCAACACUCGUCGCAUGAUCAACACGCAUGUAGCUGCAAAUGCCAGUGUCAAGCGUCGGUCCUGCAAGAAGGCAAUCAAUGAUGGGUCUCAAGAAUCAACUGAAUUCACGAAAGGUCUCAAUUGGUUCCAUAUUCAGAGCCAUCCUACUACAACCCCCAGUCACAACCAGCAACAAGAAUCUGCGACUGAUGAGGAGAAAACUCUCGAACACACAGCUUCCGACCUUGUAGUGGCUCGUGAGUUCUGUUGUCCCUCAUUCUCUGGUGGUAGAUUCUACCCUAUCAAGGAUCAGGGCAGUGAUUCACGCGGACAGCUUUUUCUGAAUGCCCUCAGUUACUAUUUCGACGUUCUUCUUCCAUACGACUCAAAAGUUGCUGGGCUGAAUAAUGCAGAAAGAUAUGGUUACGCAGCAAAGUUGCUUGACCGCGUACUUCAAUAUAAAGAAGUGCUCCAUAGCCGGGCGGCAUUUAGUCUGUGUAUCCUGCACCACAAUAAUGGCAGUAGACUCGUGCACCAGGCAAUCCUGUCCCAUCGUCAGCAUACACUCAAAGCCUUGCGUCAGAAACUCUCUAGCCAGCAAGUAGAUGAUGCGCUGCUUGACAGCCUUUGCACAAUGAUUUCCGUUGACGAAUACCUCGGGUUUAGCGAGUAUCGUGCGGUGCACUUGAAAGGUCUUCAAGAUAUCAUGCAAGUUCGCAAAACGCGCAAUGCAAACCAACAAUUAACCCUAAGCCCGGCUCCCAUGCCUACAGCAGAAGAGUCAGCUAUUACCAUGGUGGUGAAUAUGAACAGGUUGAUGGUAGAAUUCCAUCUACAAAUGAACGUCGGCUUUUAUCGGAAGAUGGCUACAAUCCCGACACCAACACCAGAGACACUCGCUCGGUUCUCGGAUCCAGCACUGGAGAUGAGGGCGAUGAAUCUUCCACCCGGUUUCAGAGACCUAAUUUGCUCUGCUCUUCUUACGGCGAAUAUACUUAACCUGCUCGAUGACUUUGCAGCUUGGUUCUUCAAGGGGAUGGGCACGGAAGCCGCAUAUCGGGAAACCUGGCGGUACUCCUAUUUUGAACCGGCCAAUGGGCUUGAAAACUGCAUUAGCACUGCCCUAGUAUGCUUAGCUGAUGACCUAAGUGCCCUUGGCUCACACCCGUGCGCAGUUAUUUCCGGCAGGCGAACCAACGUGCAGAGAUGCUGA